AUGGUAUCCCAAGAAUUUAACGAUAAAGCCGAAGCUGUGAAGAACCUCAAGACCAAGCCCAACAACGAUGAGCUCCUCAAGUUGUACGGACUGUUCAAACAAGCCACAGUUGGUGACAACACCACUGAAAAGCCAGGAGUCUUUGACUUCAAAGGAAAGGCUAAAUGGGAAGCUUGGGACAAGCUGAAGGGCACUUCCCAGGAGGAAGCUGAACAGGAGUACAUUGCUUACGUUGGCGAUUUAGAAGACAAGUACAACUAA